ACCUCCGUUUAUCAUCCAGAAUCCAACGGCAUGGUUGAAUCUGUUAACAAAUGCAUUCUGGAAGGUAUAAGGCCGAGAUUGGAGCAGCAUAAGGCCAAGUGGGCAGACGAGCUCAACAACGUCCUCUGGGCAUACAGAACCACGAGCCGAACUGCCACAGGUGAAACACCCUACCACCUGGCCUUUGGUACCGAAGCAGUCAUUCCUGUUGAGAUAGGAAUCCCAAGCUUCCGGGUCACCCAUUUCGAUGAAGGACGAAAUGGACAACUGCUUCGGGAAAACCUUGAUCUGCUUGCUGAAGUCAGAGAAGAAGCUCGGCUUCGAACUCUUGUAUACAAGCAGAAAUUAGCCAACUUCUACAAUAAAUGGGUCCGCCCUCGAACAUUCAAAGUAGGAGACCUUGUUCUCAGAAAAGCUGGCCUAACGGGUUUGAAACUCGUUUUGGCAAACUUGCCCCAAAUUGGGAAGGUCCUUAUGCCGUGGUCGAAGUGCCACAUCCUGGUGCCUAUAUCCUCCAAGACGCUGAAGGAAAGAGAGUUCCUAGAGUCUGGAAUGUGAAUAACUUGAAGAAAUUUUACCCCUAAUAAAAUUCUUUCAAGUGAUCUAUGUCUUACUGUUCUUUACGUUUCUCACUUCAUGUUUGUAGAAAUUCAUUUUACCUCUUAUUCUAUGUAUCCGAGGUCAAUUAAUCCAUUCAUUCCUUGAACCUCACUUCUGUUAAUAAAUGUCACUUCACAUU